AUGGCCGAUCUUGGUAUUAAAAAUCCCACCUUGGGCGCCAUCCAAAUCUCAAUAUUUGUUUUGGCAUUUGCACUUGGCCCUAUAUUCGCAGCACCGCUUAGCGAGAUAUAUGGAAGAACUAUGAUCGUGCGUACGUGCAAUAUUUUGUUUAUUGCCUUCUCGAUAGGAAGCGGUUUCGCCCAGAAUGCAGCUCAACUUGCCGUGUGCCGGUUCUUUGCAGGAGUUGGAGGUUCUGGUGGGUUGGCCGUUUUUGGAGGUGUCCUUGCUGAUAUUUGGGAUCUCAAGGAACGAGCAAAAGCAUCAGCUUUGAUGUCAACUUUACUAAUUUUAGGGCCUGUGGUUGGCCCUGCCUGUGGUGGCUGGAUAUCUGAACGAGCCUCUUGGAGAUGGACUUGUUGGGUCCCUGCCAUGGCUGCCGCAGCAUUGGAAAUCAUCUCUCUUAUUCACAUGAAAGAGUCGUAUAUUCCAAUACUUCUUGAACGGAAACUUCAGAGAAAUAAGCGAUUACAUCCAGAUAUGGACCUAUACACGGUAGUCGAAUUGCUCUUAGAUUUAUCCACUCGGAGGGCGGGAUCGUUUAUCUCCUCUGCCAUUCGCCCUGUGAUAUACUUGCUUGUCGACCCGGUUCUAUUUCUGCUGUCGCUCUAUUUCGCGUUCGUAUUCGGGGAAGUUUACCUCCUUAUAGUAACAUUCCCAGAUAUUUUCGGGGACGGAUACGGCCAUUCAGCUGGAUUUGUCGGCAUCGACCUCCUGGCCCAGGGGGUAGGUAAUAUCCUAGGUCUGAUUGCAACAGUUAAAGCGCAUGGGAUUAUAUACGAACGGCAAACGCGCCCCGAUAAGCGUUACAACCCGGAGUCUAGAUUGGUUCCUGCAUUCCCUGGUGCCCUUUUAAUCGUCGCUGGUCUGUUCUUAUAUGGCUUUUCUGCACUCAAAUAUCACUUCAUCGUGCCUUUAGUUGGUUUCGUAAUCUUCGCUGCUGGAGCAAUGAAUAUAUUUCUGGCAAUUCAGCUCUAUAUUGUGGACUGUUUUGCGUUUCCCGCUUCAGCUGUCGCCUCAUUGUCCUUCCUCCGCUUUGUUUUCGCAGGAGUAUUUCCACUUUUCGGCCCAAGACUCUUCCAAACACUGGGAGUUGACUGGGGUACAGGACUUCUCGCAUUCUUGUCGCUGGGUCUAGGUCUUCCGUUCCUCCCAUUGGUCUGA